GAGAGAACUAAGCUGUUUUGUUUUUUUUAAAGAAAGACUUGCGCUUUCCCUUUGUGUCACUGAGUACAUCUCUUUAUAUAUUGUACUGACGCAAAAAUUAUAAUAGUCUCAAAUCCAUGCAGACUGACUUACAACUCGAAUUCCCCUGUCAAUGUGUUUUUAAAUAGCCCAGAGAGGCAGACCCCACCCCAAAUAUACUGUCGUUUGAGGAAAAAGAAACUGAAUCCAAAAUCUUCUUUGUAGGAGCUGCUCACGCAUUUUACCUUGAGUUAUCUGCCUCUGCAAAGACAUUAAGAAACCAGUGGACUAACAUCGCAUCCGUUUUCCUGGUCCUAAUUCGAAAUGGCAACUCUUCAAACAACCUUUGAUCUACAACCUGACACAGAGGGCAUACUGUCAGUUAAACGUAAGAUGAAAGAGAGAGAAGGCACGGAUAUCCUUCUCCUGUCCAACUUGGACUUUGCUGAGAAAAUCAUGAGACACAGUCCCCUAAGCAAAGUGUCCACUCUGUUGGUCAAAAGUGACAGGCAGUGCGUACGAAUUGGAAAGGCUGACAACAUCAUCUACACUGUGACAUCUGAGGAUGGCCAGAGAUGUGUUGACUGCCUUGUCUACUGUCUUGAUUACGUCACCGCUUUUGACAUUUCUAGCAUCCACUUCAGCGUGCACUCCUGCCAAGAUGAGAUCACAUCCUGUUUUACCCAAGCGAACAACGCACUGAGCGAAAAACGUCUGGAAGCAUUAAGAAUCGAAUGUAAUAGGUUUGCAGUCAUGUAUACUACUAGGGGUUUACCCAGGAAAAUUGUGACGAUCAAAACUAAGUGCCGUUUUUUACUUGAUAGUGUAACUGUUGAGGCUUUACUGGAACGAAAGUGCUGGCUACAGAAAGAGAAAGCGCAUUGUACAGAACUAAAAGCAUGCCUUGACUAUCUCAUAGAGAAAUAUCUCACUACUUCGGGUGCACCCAAAGGAAAGUGCAAAUUCAUUUUACAAGGAGAUGGAGAAAUAGUUGACAUUGUUGCAAAGGAUAUUCUUGCAAACUUUGAGCAGUAUGUAUUGAUGAGUAAAGAAAAUUCAGGGGUCUCGAUGUAUCCACCGUGCUUUGCUUCAGAAAAGGAUGAAAAAUAGCUGGUAGACAGAGGUAGACAUCUAGGUGUUUUUAGUGUCUUUGUGUGUGUUCCUACAUCAUAAUAUAAAAGUAUUUGCAUAUAUCCUGAUCAUUUCUGUGUGUGCAUUUGGAACUGACCUUUAACCUGAUUUGGAGCCUGUUAAGUACACAUGAAAUGUAUUUCUUUCUUUCCUGGCAUAAAAUAAAAUUGUAUGCACU